AUGGCAAACCUCAUUCGCGUAGCAGCUUGCCACGCCUCUCCCGUCUUUCUCAAUGCCCGCAGCACAACCGACAAGGCCAUCAGCCUCAUCAAGCAGGCCGCCUCCAGGCACGCCAACCUGGUCGUCUUCCCGGAAACUUUCAUCUCGGCCUUCCCGGUAUGGAGCGCCCUCCGGCCACCAACCGAGAACCAUGCACUGUUCCAACGCAUGGUGCACGAGUCCAUAUAUGCGGAUGGCGAAGAAAUAGAACGACUCCGCGAAGCUGCGCGCUCGACAGGCACGCUGGUCAGCAUUGGCUUCAGCGAGCGGUCUCGUCACAGCAACGGCUGCCUGUACAACUCAAACCUCCUCAUCGGAACCGAGGGCGAGGUGCUCGUGCAUCAUCGCAAACUGGUGCCGACUUUCUUCGAGAAACUCACUUGGAGUCCUGGUGAUGGCCACGGCCUGCGUGUCGCUGAGACGCGCUUUGGCCGCAUCGGCACCCUCAUCUGCGGUGAGAACACCAAUGCACUCGCACGCUACGCAUUGAUUGCGCAGGCCGAGCAGAUCCAUAUAUCGACAUGGCCAGCCAUCUGGCCGACGAGGGUACCCCAGAAGAGCGUGCAAGAAAAUGACAUAGGCCACCCUGGAUCGCAGGGUGCUCACGGAGUGAAUUACGACAACCUUGCUGCUAAUCGAACCCGCGCAGCCGCGCACUGUUUUGAAGCAAAGUGCUUUGGCAUCGCAUGUUCUAGCCACCUUGGGGCCGAUGCGAUGGAAGCGAUUGUUGCGGGUGCAAGUCAGCCCGACGUUGUGGCCGCAACAAUACGAGCUAUGCCUCGUGCUGCGACUUUCUUCCUCGAUGCGACAGGUGCUCCGCUUCCCAGCUUUACCUUCAAGACGCCAGACGCAGAAGCUGAACAAGUCGACGCCCUGCAGAACGAGGAGGGCAUACUGUAUGCCGACAUGAAUCUCGACGACUGCAUCGAAGGCAAGCAGUACCACGAUGUCGUGGGAGGCUACCAGAGGCUAGACGUGUUUGAUUUGAAGGUGGACCGUUCCAGGAAAGAUCCGGUUCGUUUCAUCUGA